UAUCUAAGCGCCAGCACCACAGGGCAGACACAUUUUUUUUCAAUGACUUUCUGCUACAGUGCAUUGAAAAGUAGGCGUUCGCGAAGUGAUUUAAUACAAUGCAGAGGGCUGUUUUUCACGCUUUUCGGAACGAACGGGUGCCAGUUUUCACUUCACUGAAUGCAUGGAAAUGUGCGAACUGCAGAGCGGCAUUGGUGCCUAACGGGGCCCGCGGGUACAGCGUAGUGCCCCCGUCCACUGACAGCGAGGAGAAAGCCAUGUUGGACCGGAUGCUACGGGUGGACCAUGCAGGCGAGUACGGGGCUAAUCGAAUAUACGCCGGCCAGAUGGCGGUUCUAGGGAGGACCCAGUCCGGCCCGCUCAUCCAGACUAUGUGGGACCAAGAGAAGUAUCACCUACAGAAAUUUGACGAGAUUCUGGCAGAGAACAGAAUUCGACCUACAGUUUUGCUGCCAUUGUGGAACAUAGCCGGGUUUGUUCUAGGUGCGUCCUCUGCCCUGCUGGGGAAGGAGGGAGCGAUGGCGUGCACGGUGGCUGUGGAGGAGAGCAUCUCUGAGCACUACAACAGCCAGAUCCGGGCCCUGAUGGAGGCUGACCCAGACAGGUACACGGAGCUGCUGCAGUUGAUUAAGGAAUUCCGCGAUGAUGAGAUGGAGCAUCACGACACCGGACUGGAACACGAUGCCGAAUCGAUGCCGGGGUACGGACUGAUGAAGGGCCUGAUUCAGCUCGGCUGCAGGGCAGCGAUAUACGCUUCAGAGCGCGUUUAACGCAACAGUGGAAAUCCCUCUUAUUAACUUACAGGUGGAGUUUCCUCUUUUGUCUUUCUGACCAAUCCUGGUCGUGUUUUGAACUGUAAAUAUUUCUUGAUCAGUGCAGGUGAACGGGUGUGUCAGAUUGCAGUUCUGGAUCAGUGAUCCCUGUUUGUCUGGAUAUUCUGUCUGGAUAUUCACCAAAAAAUUUUAUGUGGAAAAAUAAAAGCUAUAUUAAUAUCA